GACGAGUCCAUAACGGAAGUAGGUGCUGCUUGGCAACAAGGCUGUUUGAUACGGAAGUGAGAGCUAUCUGAACGUAGGAUUUGGGCAGGACUGGUGUAAUCUGUUGUUGUGCCAGCCUUCCCCUAACUGGGGAAGGGCACGUGGUGCAGUCGGGAACAUGGGAGUUGACGGCUACGUGUCGUUAUGCUCGGUUGGAGGAAUGCUGUUAGCGUUACUCGCCUCAAGUUUUAUAAGUGACGGGGGUUGUUCUGUUGAUGCUCCGACCCCAUCCCCUGCCAUCCCCACUGGUCUAGCUUCUAAGAAGGGGAGCAACUCGAGCACUGUCGAUGGGGGGCCCUUGGCUACUGUACCUUCUGCUACAUCUCCCAACACGCCCCGGACACAGAGGGCCCUUGUCGUGCUUGUGCUGUUUAGCGCUGCCGUCGUUAUUUACUUUGUCAUAAGGGCAGUUCGAACUAGAAUAAAAAAUAAGAAAACAAGGAAAUAUGGUGUUUUAGAUACAAACCUAGGAAACAUGGAAUUAACUCCAUUGGAGCAAGAUGAUGAUGAUGACGACACUUUAUUUGAUUCCAAUCAACCUCGUAGCCAGCUGUCCUUAGCCUGCAUCCUCCAAACCCCACAAUUCCCUGCACAUGUGAUUUCAAUAAGGAAAGGAACAUCACAGUGCAAUGCAUUGUGGGUCAUGUAGUUCCUGCAUGUUGUCUGCAAGCUGUGGAGAAGUUGUUACAAUGUGUAACAUCAGUGUUUAGUCCCUCCGUCCCUGCCAGGAUUUCAAAUGAUGCAGAAAGAGAAAAACUGUUAAACAGCUGGAUUUAUGUACAGAAUAUGGCAUUUAUUCAUACUUUUUGAAGAAACAGGUAACUGUAUUUUAGGGGAUUCUUUGUUAUAUGGGCCACUUCCAAUUUUGGUUUGGAAGCCGGCGUUCCCCUUUAAGGUGGAAAAGGUCCCCACCCCAAACAGAUUGUACUGUAUAGUUUAUAUAAAUAAGAUGCUUUGUAGCAAUGGGGGCAGCCAUUCAAAGGAGAAAAGGCUCCGGUUACACAGUAGACCGCAAAUACCUUUUGGGGAGCAUAAUAAUGUUAUUGGUUAUUCACUUUUUAACCCGUGCCAUAUAGACCCUUUUCAAUUCCCGCCAUUACUACACAGCAACUUGUUUAUAUGAACUAUUGUAGUGUUUCUGAAGCAAACACACCAGUAU